ACAGGUCACGUCGCGCGGCCGCCGGCCGGUCCGCCAUGAAGGGCCGUAAAGCCGCAGUCCGAUCGCCGGCGUCGCCGGGCGGAGGCGACGACAGUAGCGACGCCAAGCGGCGACGCGGCAACCUACCCAAGGACUCGAUCAAGGUGCUCAAGAGCUGGCUGUUCGAACACCGCUACAACGCCUACCCCAAUGACGACCAGAAGGCAGAGCUGGCCGUGCAGGCCAACCUGACGGUGCUCCAGGUGUGCAACUGGUUCAUCAACGCGCGACGACGCAUCUUGCCAGAGUUGAUCCGGCAGGAGGGCAACGACCCGGACCGCUUCACCAUCAACCGCAAGAGCCGGCGUCCGCGCCAGCAGGAGGAGGAGCCGGCGCCGACGGCCGAGGAAGCCGGCUGGCCUCGCUCCUGGCCGCCGCCGCCGCCAGCCGAGCCUGGCCACCGCUUCCUGCCGCCCAUCUCGCAGAUCGACGCGGCACAGCGGGCUGAGCCGGGCCCGCCGGCGGCGCCGCUGCCGCCGUUCAGCCCCUACCAGCAGCCGGCGCCGUCCGCCGAGCCGUACCCGUUCGUCGGUGCGGCGGCGGCCGCGUACCCCGAGACGUACCCGCCGUACCCCGGCUACGCGGCCGAGCCGUUCCAGCUGGCACCGGCGCAGGCGGACGGCGGGCCCGAGGAAAAGACCUACCUCAGCUUGUGA